AAAUGCACUUUUGAAAGGAAAAUUACAGGUGAUUUACGCAUCAAAAGUCAGAAAUUGAUCAUCGCCAAGUAAGCUAUGAUUCCAUAAAACUUCGCUUGUCGAAAAACUACAAUUAACUAACGACUGCGCUUUCGAUAGUGAAUCGCCAAAAUGAUGAAAAGGACCCAAAUGUUCACAGCCAUGAUUCUGACUUUUCUCGCUGCCAAUACAAUGGGGCUUGAAGAUAUGAAAACGCGUGAACCGAUGCCGCGAUUUAUUCGAAAAUUGUUUCAAAAACUGUUCGAUAAAGAUGAUAGUUUGCCAAAACAAAAAAGAGAAACAAACUAUAAUAACAAAGUGAAUGCCAAAGCUGCGAAAAAACAAAUGGUCAACGCAAUCCAUAUUGGACCUCACCUUGGCUCACCACAAGCCACAAUAGACCCAGGUUACUUUGGUAACAAUGGAUAUCUUGGAUCUGUCACGCCGGUACAGCCUGAAGGACUGCGUUCCAAAAUUGAAGGACAUAAAGAUAAAAAAAAAGGAAGAGUACGAACGACCAAAAAAUUGUUACCAUACGGACUCGGUAAGGAAUGGAUGAGUGGCAAGAUGCCUUACAUUUAUGAUUUCCCGAUUAACGUCCAUCAGAGAAUGCCACCUUAUUUUGUACGAUGCAUGGUUCCUAAAGGCAAGAACCGCUCGGCCAAGCGCUGUUUCGGUUAUGAUGGUGGUGACUACGGUCUUGGUCACUACAGAGGACUAGGACCAUAUGGCAUCUGGUUUGGAUUCCCGGGGUAUGGAUACCCGGGUUAUGGAUACCCGGGGCAUGGAAGUCCGGAGCAUGGAUUCCCGAGUUAUUUCCCAGGAUUCAUCGACCGUCCAUUCUAUGCAUCAGCGCCUGGGCAAAAGUCUGCUAAAAAAACAGCAAAACGCUGGCUUGGAGACGGUUUUGGCUAUGGUGGAUUAGGAGUCUCGCCAUGGCUUGGAGUAGGACUCUUUCCAGGGUUUAGCCAACUUAUUGGUUACCCAGGGUUCGGGUACGGCAUUGGUUCAUACGGUUACCCUUAUGGGCUGUGUAAGUCUAAAGUACCAAAAGGGAAAGGAAAAGGAAAAGCGGCAAGAGAUGUUUUCCAUCAUACUUAGAUGCUCCUUAUCUUUCAUAUGGUUUAGCCAAUGGAGCAGGAAUACCAGGGUACGGGUUGGGUUAUGGUCUGGGCUAUGGCUAUGGUCUGGGCUAUGGCUAUGGCUACCCUGGUCUUGGCUAUCCAUUUGGGUUUUACCGAUCUAAAGUUCCUAAACGCAAGAAGAAAAAUUCAUCUGAUAAAAUCGAUCGUAAGCAAAUCAUAGGUUUUCACCCGAGUACUUAUGCAGGCGUCACAGGAAAAUUCUAUCCUUCACCAUAUCCAACUAGCUACUCAUACGGUUACAAUCUGGCUACAGGUGUUCCGUUACCCAACAGUGCAGGAUUUGGCCGCAAUGGAUUAUAUCGUUCUAAGGUAACACGUGAUAAAGCGAACACGAAGACUCGUGAUGAGGACACGGGACACUCACAAAGACGACAAGUGAUUGGAUCAACAAUAGGUGGAAAUAUUCACGGAGAUGGACAAGGAUGGGUUACCCGGGUUUUGGAGAUUACGGUUUAGGAGGAGGAUACAGUGGGGUACCCUUUGGGUUAGGGGGCACUGGUUUUGGAGUUGGUUUAGGGUUGGGUCAAGACUCAUCAACAAUGCUUGGGAGUAAUUUAGUCCAAGGAGGAUUUGGAGGACAUUAUCGCUCGAGUGUAAGGGCAGACAAAAGCAGCAAUAACGAGGAAAAGGAUUCUCAAACGACAAAUUUGGAAGGUAUACAAAAUAAUAUAGAAGAGAAAAACAGCCAAAAGGCACACGACAGCAAACAAAAAGAAAAUGAUGAGAUGCGCCACAAAUACGAUAAUAAAGAUGAAAGCUCAAGCGGCAAUUUACCUGACCAAAGCACGGAGGAAAGUAAAUCCCUCAAAAAGAAGAAGAAUGACCAGACAAAAUACGCCAAACGGCAAACAGUCCCGAUGCCUAUAGCAUCAUCGCUUAUUGAUGGAGCACCAUACUCAUCACCUGUCGCAGGUUCACUUUCGGUUCCACUGGUAACAGAUCCAAGAAUUGCAGCCAGUUCUCCGCCGCGACCUAUAUCCUAUGCGUACGCACCGAUGGAUGUCCCGCCAACACGAAAUAUCCACGUUGGUUCCCCACGUGUAAAGGUAGAUGUCCAAACCACGAGGAGAUCGUCUGUGAAUAGACCAAAAUACUUUAAGAGAAGAUCCAUAGACGAAAAAGAUUUGAAAAUGCAAAAAAGACAAGUGUCUCCAAUAUUCACGCCAGUGUCAGCCGAGCCAUUGGGAGUACCCAAUUUAAGAUAUCCAGAGCCACCUGCUGAUCCAUUUCCUUUUGGUGCUGGAUUUAGAUGGCCAUCAGCCGCAGUUCCCUCUGGCAUGGCUCAAACUCCGUUCUUAUGGAGUAGGUCUAACCUACCAGCUUUGCCAAUACUGGUACCCAGGGGAAUUCUAGGUGGUAUGGCAGGCCUUGGUGGUGGCGGUGGUUUAGGUGGAGGCAUGAUGGGAAUGAUGGGAGGAUUAGGAGGAAUGGGAGCAUUAGGAGGUAUGGAAGGAUUAGGAGGUAUGGGAGGAUUAGGAGGUAUGGGAGGAUUAGGAAGUAUGGGAAGUGGUUCAGGUCAACUAGAACAACUUCUUGGUGGAGGAAGCCCUGGGUUAGCAAGUGGAAUGCCGUCUGGGCUCCCUAUUGGUGGAGUUAAUGCAGGUGGUUUAGGAGGUGGCAUGGGAGCAUUAAUGGGUAACACAGGAAGUGCUGGAGGAGCAAUAGGAGGAGCCCAAGGUGGUUUAACUGCUGCAUUGGGAGGUGGAGGAGAAAUGAUGAAUCAAGGUGGAUUAUCCAGGUUUGGAGGGGGACUAGGUGGAGAUGCGGCAAUAAGUGCUGCAUUGCCUGGCACAACAUCAAUGGGAGGAGGAUUGAGUGGGGUACAGAAAAAGUCGGGAGUCCCAAGGAAGACAGAGACCACAAAGAAAGCGCACAAAGUGAAACCACAGUCAACAAAGAAAACCAAACAAUGAUUUAGGAAGGCCUCACAAAACUAAAGUUAAAGAAAACACAACAAAAUUCUGCGUUUAACAUACCUCAGCAAGAUUUAGAAGAAUUUGAUUGUGUUGAUAUGUACAGCUAGUAUUAAUAGGCAGUGAUUACUGUGUACGAUUGUAGUUUCAUUAAAAACUUACCGUCUACUUCGCUAGUUGAAAAGCUGACAAGACAUUAUGAUAUGAAUAUUAGAAAUAUUUUCUUAACAUUUAAGCACUUCAUCUACGAAUAAUUCAGAAACAAAAGUAUUUCACAUACAAAAUUUA